AGACGCUCUCAUAAGCACACCACACUGUUUUCUGAGAGGACAUGAAUAAUCUCUGGACUGUAUUCAUUUUUACUGUAGCCCUCAAGGUGGGUGUUGGCCAGUUCCUCCAGACAGCUGAGCUGCAGGUGUUUCUGGGAGAGUCUGUGGUUCUGCCCUGCAAUGGUUCUGGUUUUCCAGCAGACGAGCUGCAGGUUUACUGGGAGGCCAUUGGGAAAGACGUCCUCUCUCUGCAUGGAGAUACACUGAGCGUCGGCAGAGGUUUUGAAGACCGGGUGAACUUCAUCACAGAUCCGGCAGAGACUCAAGAUUUCUCUAUCAUCCUGACAGACGUGAUGCUGAACGACGGAGAGAUUUACGAAUGCCUUUGGAAGGGAACGAUACCCAUCUGCUCCGUCUUACUGCAAGUGUUGCCACCAAAGUUUUCCAUAGUUCACGCGGAGGCGUUUGAAGGCGAUGAAGUCACGCUCGAAUGCUUCGGUAAUAUUCCCAAAAACAAACCCUAUGAAGAAAUCUCCAUCCAGUGGGUUAAAGACGAGCAAGAGAUCCUGCGCUUGAGCUCUGGACAGACACAGACUCUGGAGGAUUACAGCAGCUUCAUCACAUUACCAGACCAGCAGGACAUCAGCCGCGGGAUCUUCUCUCUCACUGUUAGAUCAGUCAGUGGGUUUGAUCAGGGUGUUUAUCAGUGCCGAUACAAGAGCUCGGAUUACGGAGACCUACAGAGAGGAUUCCCGGAGAGACACAUGCUCACUGUCUGGGCUGUGUUUUCAGGUCGGCCGGCCAUCACAGAUUUUCCUUCCAGUUUGCCAGGGACUGAGACUGGCAGCACAGCGGGAGCAUCUACAUAUGCCACAGAUACAGAUACAGAUACAUAUGCCACAGAUAUAUAUGCAACAACUACAUAUGCCACAGAUACAUAUGCAACAGAUACAAAUACCACAGAGACAAAUGCCACAGAUUCAUAUAUCACAGACACAUAUGCUACAGAUACAAAUGCUACAGAUUCAUAUGCCACAGACACAUAUACCACGAGCUCUCAGACUGACACGCUGCCAGCGCACACAACAUAUGAUCCCCACACGCACACUCACAGCAGCAGCACAGAGAGAAACACUGAGAAAAGCACCAGCGCAACACACACUGACCCACACACAACCUCACACAGUCACGGCACCGUUUCCGGUCAGCGGGAUCAUCAGUCAGAUCAGCAGAUUCCCUGGAUCCGCAUCGGCCUGAUCUCUGGAGUUCUGCUGGUCACGGCGCUGCUUAUAGCUUUCCUGCUGCUGUCGGGGAGAAUCUGAUUCAACAGGACGAACAAUAAGAUGCAGGGAUUCAACUUUCAGACAUUUCCAUGCAAAGCGCUCAUUUGAGGAACUGUGAAUGUUUUAAAAAUAUAUUGAUUUAUCUGUGGAUCAAUACUGUUUAAAGGCCCUGUGAAAUUACAAUCACUAUUUUAGAUGUUAUUAUCAGUCUGUUAGGUUAUCUAUAAACUCCUCUGCUCCAAAACAGUGACAAAAUUCACAUUUAUAAGAUAUAAACCUGAUGUAAAGCUUGUAGUUUGUCGUUUCCUCCUAAAUGGAUCAAGAUUUAUUCACGUCGUCUCAUACUUUAGUUUCUCAUUAAAUCUUCUGACCAAUCAAAUGCUCUCAAGUGUCUGACAUGCCCCGCCUACUUCUUCUCAUUGGCUUAUCAUUUAAUGCAGGCAGAGCUGUGAGAAAAACAAAACGCUAGUGGCUGUUUUUUUAAAGGGGAAGAGCUACUCUAUGCUCCGCCCUCUCUUCAUCAUCCAAUAAAAAAAAUAAUAAUAAUAAAGUACAUCACGGGACCUUUAAUACUUAGCAAUUUAAUCUUAACAACUUAAAUCUCCAAUAUAUCACAGGAUUUUUUCUUCUUUAGCUUUGAUUUAUUAACUAAUCCCACAUUUCUCUCGAUAAAAUAUUUGGAAAGUUUGUGAAAUUGUAAUGUUUAAAUAUGUUGAAUUUUCUGGUGAUAUUUCUGACCAUCGGAGUAUUGCGGAAUGGUGCUGUUCAUUUAUGUGGCUGUAAGUACUGCUUUGUCUUUAAAUGAGUAUUUAUUGUU